AUGCCCGACCCCAUAAUGCGAACACUCUCCAUGUCGCUUCCUUCAGAGCUUGCGGGUCACAUUGAUGUUGUUCACCCCAGCACGGCUUUCACUGUUCCUGACACGCGCCCUCGAAAGUCCAUUCAAUUUGAUAGUGUAGUGCCCAAACGGGAUGCCGCAGCGCCUGAAAGCUGCAACGUCAACGACAGCAACCCAAGAAAUGUUCUCACUCCGGCAUGCCUCCAAGCACUGUACAACAUUCCAACGACCCCAGCGACUCAAGAGAACAAUCCUCUUCUUGUAACCGGAUAUGGCAACCAAUGGGCUCAAAUAAACGACUUGCAGGCGUUCAUGAAGGAAUUCCGCCCUGACUACUCUGCAGGCGCCAAUCAGACCUUCGUUCGUGUCGCGAUUGACGGUGGAACCAACCCACAAUGGCCUGGGGCUGCUGGAAUUGAAGCUCAACUUAAUAUCGAGUAUGCUGCUGGUAUCGCCACUGCUGUUCUACUACAUUUUCUCACUGUAGGCGGGUGGGAUUUCCCGACGGCUUUGCUCGAUACCACAGCCUACGUGGCCAGCACCCCAGUACCUCCGACUGUUAUGACCACUUCUAAAAUCUGCGAUGGUUAUGCUGCUGCAUCCGCGCGAGGCGUUUCAGUUCUCUCUGCUUCUGGUGAUGGUGGUGUGAGUGGGAAUCACGACGAUGGGUUUAACUGCGGGCUCUUCAUCUCUGUUUUCCCCGCCUCCUGCCCAUACGUGACCUCUGUCGGCUCAACCAUCGGCUUUAAUCCUGAGAUCGCGGUCAACUUCACUAGUGGCGGUUUCUCUGAAGUCUUCCCCCAGCCCGCGUAUCAAACUGCCGCUGUCGAUGCCUUCCUCAAGACCAUCCCUGAUGGCUUCCCCAAGUUCAACCGCGCUGGACGGGGCUACCCCGACCUGUCUCUCCAAGGCUGGGGCUAUCUGAUAACAGCCAAUGAACAACCGUCGCCGCAAUGA